AUGUCUGACCAAAACAAUUCACAACCACAAGAUGUCUCUGCCACGUCUUUCGCGAACCGAAAGGCUCUCUUUCAACAAUUACAAUCCACGAUCGCCUCAAGCAACAACAUGACCAAUUCUGGUUCCAAAUUAGGAGCAUCUGCCAAUAAAACAAGUGUUGGUGCCUCUAGUACUUUAUCAACAUCAACAUCAAAUACUACACCAACCACAUCAUCAACCACCAAAACCAAUCCAGUACUGAUUCAGAGAGGAAUUGAUCAACAACAAUCAUCUUCUCCCAAAAACAGCAACUCUCCAAACAGUAGUACGACUGGAUCGUCUCCUCCAACCACAGUGGUACCAAGAAGAGAGGCUCCUAAACUUCCUCCUCCAAGGAAAGAUUCCAAUGUUUCAUCAUCAACAAGUACAACAGCAGCAGCAGUAGCAGGCUCGGAGAAGGGCAAUUCAAUGGUACCUCCAGCAUUGCCUCAAGCUCGAAAGGGAUCGAUGAAUUCUUCUUCGUCAUCGUCAUCAACUUUGAGUAAUACAACCACCACAGCUACUACUACUACUGCCUCAUCAUCAUCCUCAUCAUCAUUAAAACAAGUACAGAACAUUCCCGAAGUGAAAGUAACUGAUCAAGAUGAAAAAAGUGUCGUAUUGAAUCAACCAUACUCUUCCAAAUCAACCACCUCGUCAUCAUCAUCAUUCCCACAACACAAUGAUGAAGAGGAUGAAGAUCGAAUUGAAGUUCGAGAACACACCUCCGAUACCGAUCUUAACAGUGGUAGCAGUGAUGAAGAAGACUCGAAUACUUUAGCAGACACGAAAAGGUCGAGCAAUAGCACCACUCAAGCUCGAAAGGGAUCAGUUUCCAAGCAGCCAACAACAAGUGUUGGAUCAGAAAGCAGCAAACCAUUGGGUGUUGUGAAAUCUGGUAAUGCAUCAUCGUCAUCCUCUUCUUCUUCUGCAAUGUCAUCAACAACAACAACUUCUCAACCACCCCAAAUGAAUACAGUUUCUGCACUCAAGAAUUCAAAUUUGUGGAAUCAAAAAACAACUUCUCAAGUGCCACCUGUCACUUCUUCCAAACCCUCAAAACCUUCAUCCUCCUCCACCACAGCAGCAUCAACAACAUUUACAGACUCGUAUUCCAGUAAACUACAAAAAGAAGUGUCAGCCACCUCUUCCUUGAAUAAGAAGGACGAUGAUCCCACUGCAAAUUUACCACAAGUGACUGGAAAGACGACUUGGAAGAAACCUCUUGCGAAAAAGGCAACCACUACUAGUAGUGAAAGUUUAACAACUUCAAACGCAACUACACCUGUGACUCCUGAAAAUGUGACAUCACAGCCAACAACAAGUUCAAAACCUCCAGUUCCAACACUCUCUUCAAAACCCAUUCAAAAACCAUCUCCACCCAUUGGUAUCAAACAAGCCUCGGAUGAAACUUCUGGAGAUCCCGAACAAGGUAUUGAAGAAGGAUGGAAAGCUUACUUUGAUGCUGGAAGAAAUGCUUUUUAUUAUCAUCAUGAAGCGACUGGAAAGACGACUUGGAAGAAACCUCUCGCAACUCAAGACAAGAGAUCACCAAGAGGAACGAGCGAUCAUGAUUCAUCAUCCUCUGUAUCUCCAUCCACAACGACCAGUAAUACUAAUACUACUUCUACUAGUCACGUGACUCCAAUGGUUCCUCCCAAACCACCAGUUCCUGGACGAAAGAAUUCUUCAACUUCUCCAAACACGACGACUAAUAGUGUGGUUGAACCUCCUUCUGUACCUAAUAACAAACCAUCACGAAGUGUGAGUCCUAAAACAAAUGAACAAGGUGUGAAUAAUCAACAACAAACAGUUCAACCACCUCCAUUGCCUAGUUUGGGUGUGAAACCGACCAUUCAACGAUCCCAACAACAACCACCUUCUGUACCCAAUAACAAACCAAAAAUAGUAUUGGAUUCACGUAAUGACACUCAUUCAGAACAUUCAGGAGAUGAAGACAAGAAAGCCACAGUGAUUCGAACAGAAACAGUAUUGCAACCUCAACUCAUGCCAUCUCCACCAAGUGAUGUUGAUCAACCAAGAAAUAGAAAAUCCUUUAGUAGUGCAGGAUCUGGAGCUUCCUAUAAUCGUUAUCAACCAGCUCCAUCGGAUUAUCAACAAGAUUUCCGUGUUCGUCGAUUGGAAGAUCGUAAAAUGUGUGACGAUUUAACACUUCUUCUGAUGGACACCAAUAAGGGAAGAAAGAAAUCAGUGGAUAGUUCCACCACUAGUGGUGAAUUGACAGAUAUUGAUUUGACCAACAUUCUCUCCAAUCGUUAUUAUCAAAACGAAAUUUACACAUGUGUGGGUCCAGUCAUUUUGUCACUCAAUCCCUAUAAGAGUGUGAAGGGACUGUACAGCAAUGAAACCAAAGCAUUGUUCCAUUCUCACAUUCCAUACGAAUUGGCUCCUCACAUCUAUUCACUUGCUGAAGACACCUAUCGAACUCUAUUAGAACAUGCCACGACGAGUAAAAACAAUGCUCCAGUUCUCGGGACUCGAAAUGGUUCAAAGAAAAGACCUCCUCCACCACCAGUCGAUCAACAGCAGCAAACAGAGGAAUCAUUCAUUAUUAAUGAUUUCAGUAUUUCUGAAGGAAUUGGUGUCGGUCAAGCCAUUAUCAUUAGCGGUGAAUCUGGUUCAGGAAAAACCGAAGCUGCUAAAAUUAUUAUGGAAUAUUUGGCAGCUGUUUCAAUUUCUGGAUUAGAAACUCAGAGAAUUAAGGACUCUAUUCUACAAAGUAAUCCAUUGUUGGAAGCAUUUGGUAAUGCAAAGACUCUUCGUAACAAUAACUCUUCACGUUUCGGUAAAUUCACAAAUCUCUAUUUCAACUUUAAGGGUCAAUUGCAAGGAGCUGAGAUUUUCACACUCCUUCUCGAAAAGGCCAGAGUAGUGAAGAGACGGUAUGGAGAACGUAAUUUCCACAUUUUCUAUCAACUCUUAUCCGAUGAAUAUGUGAGAAAACAAUUGGGUCUUGGUUUCCCUGAAGAGUAUCAUUAUUUGAACAACAACUUGAUUACAGUCAAUGCCAUUGAUGACGCUGUUGAAUUUGAGAAUACAAAGAAAGCGAUGGAUCUCGUUCAAAUGUCCAUUGCAGAGCAAAUGGCAGUUUUCAAAGUUGUGGCAGCAAUUUUACAACUUGGUAACAUUAAAUUUUCAAGUAUUGAAGAUCCAGAGGAACGUAAACGAAGAGGUAUUGCUGCAGGAGUGAGAGCAUGUGAUGUUGCCAAUGAAAUUGCCCUAAAAACGACUGCCAAUACGUUACAGGUCGAUGCUGAAGUGUUACGAAAGAGUUUAAUCACUAGAACCAUUCGUAUGGCUGGUAAUCCAAAUCCCAUCGAACAAACUCAAUCUGUGGAACAAGCAGAAUUCAACAGAGACACAUUGGCAAAGAAUAUUUACGAACGACUCUUCUUUUGGUUAGUCAAGAGAGUCAAUCGUUCUCUGAGAGUUCCUGAUUAUGAUGAUUUUGUGAACAAGACCAAUAGUGAGACAUAUUUCAAUAUUGGUAUUUUGGAUAUUUUCGGAUUUGAAAUUUAUUCAUCGAGUAUUGGAACUGGUAAAGCUGGUAGCGAGAAUGACGAGUCACCCAAUGACAAGUUAAAGAAUGGCUUUGAACAAUUGUGUAUCAACUUUGUGAAUGAAAAGAUUCAAAGUGGUGUUCAAAAAUCCAUCAAGAAGGAACAAGAAGAGAUUAAGAAGGAGAUUUAUGGUGACGACUACAAACCAUCGACUUCCAUGACUCCACUCGGAGAGGCACAACAACGAAAUACUAAAUUUGAUUCAGAAUCGGCCAUUCAACUCAUUGCUGGUAAACCUCUCAGUGUCUUUUCACUAUUGGACGAAGAGAGUUUAUUCCCUAAUGGCAAUGAUGUGAAUUAUGUUCAAAAGAUGAAGACCAAUCUCAAACAUCCUUACUUUAGAAUUCCAAGAUUGGCUGAACCUGUCGAAUUUGAACUUGAACACUUUGCAGCUGCUGUUCGAUAUAACACUUCAGACGGAUGGGUCGAUAAGAAUCGUGACACUCUCUUUGAAGAUUUACUCUUUGCCAUGCAAACAAGUAAGGAUCAUCUCAUCAUUGCUCUAUUCCCUAAAGGAGAACAACCGAAUGAUGUCUUAUCGAAGGGAAAAUCCUCUUCUGCCGGCAGUAAAUUACAACAAACCACAGCUGAGAAGUUCUUGAAAGAUGUCGGUAAAUUGAUGCAUCAAUUGAAUUCAUGUAGUUUGAAGCACCAUCAUAUUCGUUGUAUCAUUCCUAACUAUGAGAGAAGAGCUGAUGAUUUCCAGACCGAUGUUGUGAAUCAUCAAGUGAAAUAUCUUGGUAUUUUGGAUACUGUGCUGUCAAGAAAGGGAGACGUUGGAUCUACAGUGGGAUACAAUAUUAAGAUUCCAUACGAUGUCUUCUUGGAAAGAUACAAAUUGUUGUGUCCUGACACAUUCCCCUAUUGGGAAACUUUUAUUACGAACAAGUAUGGAAAAGUGUCAGAAUUUACGACAGAACACAAAAAGGAGGCCGUUCAACACAUUCUGAGUCAGGAAAUUAUUGGCAUGUCCAAUCCAGAGGAUUAUUUCCUUGGUAAAAACAAUGUCUUGCUCCAGUCAGCCGUUCAAUUGUUCCAACUCGAUGAAAUGGUUCGAAAUCAAAAGCAUGAAAUGGCUAAAAAGAUUCAAAACGCAUUCAGAAAGUAUCGUCAACGAAGAGCAGACAAGUUGGAUGAAAUGAUGAAGAAGGCCAUGCAAUCAGUAGAUUCCAAGCAAGAGAAGAAGGCCACUGAAGAACCAGAAGAAGUAAUUAUGAGACAGGAUGGUUUCAGAACGAAUAACUUUGGAGAGAGUAAGAAGCGUGUGCUCAUCACAGGUUCCGACAAGAGAAAUAUUUAUCUUUUGGAUUCAACUUCGGCAGAAUUGGAACAACUUCGAAAGAUUCCAAUUCGAGACAUUUCUAAAAUUUACAUUUCACCUUACUCGGACAAUUACAUGAUUUUCAAGAUGAAAGAUUCUGAGGAUGGAGGUGAUGAAUUGUUGGAUCUCGAUAACAAGUGGGAAUUUUUGGAAGAGUUCAACAAGUUGAUCGAAGCCACUUCUUCCAAAUUUAAGGGAGAACACGUUCCAAAGGUUGAAGUCACCAAAGAAAUGAACAUUCUCAAUAACAAGCCCGAUGAACGAGGUGUUAAAAAAUUCACAGUACGAUUUGUUCCAUCAGCGUACAAUCUUAAAAAGACUGUGAGCACUGAGGCCUUCUUGGACGAGCAUCAGAAUAGAAUCAUGGUUGUUCAUACUUUCACACAAGCUGAUAUUUACAAUCAAAGAAAAUUGAGAAGAAAGCUCUCCCUUUUCGGUAAACACGAUCAAAAUAGAGACUACUUGAGAAUGAACUUUAGUGAACUGAUGGGUCAAUUGAAAAAAGACUAUGGUGACAGUAAGGUCCUCUUCUCUGGUGUUGUUUCCAAGUACAAUAAGAGAUUUAAGAAACAAGACAGAAUUUUGAUGGUCACUGAUAAGGCAGUUUAUAACAUUGAUCCAAGUGGAGGUUAUUUGGUCAACAGACGUAUUCCUAUCACUCAAGUGACUUGUGCAACUGUUUCUCCAUAUUCGGAUAACUUCUUUGUGAUUGAUCAUCCAGAUCAAGAUGUGUUGAGUGAAAGUGCCAAGAAGACUGAAAUUUUGGAAUCCAUCUAUGAUAGUUAUCAGGAAGCUUGUAGCCAACUUUUACCAAUUAAGGUUGUCACUCAACACCAAAUUAAUCUUGCCAAGAAGGGCACAAAAGAUGUUGAUUUGGAAUGGAUUCUGGAACCAGAAAAUCAAGAACAAUUCAUUGUCACUACUUUGGUACCUGUACCAAAUGGCGCUGAAAUUCACGUCGUUUCUGAAUCUGAUGCCGACUCUGACAAGGCACACAACGAUUUGGCUGUACGACAAUCCAUGUCAAGAAAGUCGGUUCGUGCUGGAAAAAUGGCCAAACCAGGAGAUAUGGAUGAAGUUGAACUUAGUGACGUUUUUGGUGGUAUGAAGAUUCGUCGAAAGGAUUCACUUCUUGUGUGGUUCCAAGGAGAUUAUUUGAAUUUGAAAGAAAAUCCAAAAUUCUGCGAGCUUGUUCGUAAGCAUGAUCCUGAAUGGAAUGGUCAAAUCUUGUUCUCCAACUUGAUGACCAAGGUCAAUAAGAGAUUCAGAACUCAGCCAAGAAAAAUUGUGGUCACUCCAAAUUAUAUUUACACUGUUGAUGAUGAAAAGUUGACCAUCAAUCGUGUAACGCCUAUCAAAGACAUUACUGGUGUAUCAGUUAGUACCAUGCGUGAUGCUUUCUUUGUCAUCCAUUGUCCAACAGAUCACGAUUUGUUUGCUUCAUGUAAGAAGAAGACAGAGCUUAUCAGUGUUGUGUGUGACGCCUAUAAGGAUAAAUACGGAAUGGAAUUACCAGUCAAUGUUGAAGACAAGUUUAUUUACAAACCAAGUACUGACGUGAAAGGUGUCAAGACCAUUGAAUUUAAACACGAUCCAACUGUAAAGGUUCCAGUAUUGACUCCAACCAAGCUUGGAUGUCUCAUUCUUGUGAACAAUUCUGAUCCUGAGAAGGUGAAACAAAACAUGCCAAAUGCCAAGGCACAAAAACCAGCAACCACAUCUGCCUUGAAACUCUACGAAGGAGCUGAUGAAAGAGGAAUUCAAGAUAAGGUCGAUUCCAUCUAUAGCGGUAGAAAGGGACGUAAUAGAAGAACUCUCUUGCGUGAAUACAUGGGAGAUUAUUUGAGACUCGAUGGUACACAAAGAAUGAAGAAGAUCUUUGACAGAAAUGGAGACAAGGAAUUGCUAUUUUCAGGACAAGUGCUCAAGUAUAACAAGAAUUUCAAAAAGCAACAUCGUUUACUUGUUGUGACUGACAAGAAUGUAUAUAAUAUUGAUGAACAAGAAUUUAAGAUUAAGAGAAAGAUUGCACUUGACGAAAUUACUGGUGUUUCAGUUUCUCCAUUCGACGACAAUGUAUUUGUUUUGCAUUGUCCAACAAGUGGCGACUAUUUACUCGAAGAUGAAAAGAAGACUGAAAUUAUUGCUGCUCUACAGACUGCUAAAGCGAAACAUCUCAAACAACAACUCAAGAUUAAUGUCGACGAUCAAUUCAACUUUGCUCCAAACCUCUCCACAACCAUGCCAGUCACCUUUAUCAGUGACGAUCAUGCUAAAGAAACAUGGGCUGAAAAUAGAACCAAUGCUCUUGUGGUGCAUGUGAAGAGACAAGAACCAGGAGUGGUUUUAGAAGCUGCAUAUAUUUAUGUAAAUGACGAGUCAAAACCAAUUGAAGUGAAGUCGACACCAAUUCUCAUCAAAUUGAAGAAGAGAUGGACCUACAAGUUACAAAUUCGUUUCUAUGUGAAUGAGUUCCUUUCUGGAUGUGAAUUCCAUGAAAAAUUAGAUACAGUUUCUUCUCGUGUGGAAUAUGUGUCAAAGGUGGUCGAUCUUGAACCAAAGGAAGAACGUUAUGUGAUUACUUUACCUGAACGAAAGGUCAUUUGGAGUUUGUUGUCUAAAACUCGUGUGAAAUGUAAGCUUGUAGAUAGCACUGGAAAGGUAUUGCUUGCUGUGAGAUUUGUCUAUGAUAUUAAUUAA